AUGAACACCAAUUUCUUUGCCUUAGCUAUUUUGCUUGCCUUGAUCAGUUCCUACUUAAAUAAUGUUUCUGGACAGCGCCAGAGAUGUUUGGGAAACUACUGCUCUGGUUCGUAUAGAAUGGGGGCUGUCUGCAAAGGUGGUUACUGCGUCUGUAAUAGUCAAGACUACGAUUAUAAUACUUGCUUGCGUAAGUAGUUUUGUUACAGUUGUACAGACAAAUCAGUACAAUCAAAUGUAUAAAUCUAGAACAGAUCACAACCGUUAACAUACUACGAAAUGUGAUUUAAGUAAUAAAACUUAAAUGUAAUUCCCUUAACACACACACCCCUUUAAUUCUCCAACCCAGCCCUCAACUUGUCGUGUUAUUCAACCGAUGCUAAUUUCUAGUAACUAUUUCAUUUCUUCAGCGAAUGCAUAUGGAUCUAAAAUCGAGGUGAAUUCUGCUACAGCCCUUGCCAAACCAAACAACCAACAACAACAGGGCUGAAAUUUACAGACGUUUGUAUGGUGGGCUAGAGCUUGCCCCCCAAUAUUCAAAUGUCGGUUAAAAUCGGCGACUCUGCGCAGUAAUAUCCUCGUUGAUGUUCAACAAAUGACGUUCAAAAUUGGCUUCUUCUUGUUUUUUAAGGCGUUCAUCAUAGCUGUGUUUGCAGAUCAACUCCAUCUCUGCAUCUCUGAUUGCGAUUUUUCUGUUCUUUUUAUGCUGAUUAUUACUGGUUACUAUUUCACUUCUUCAGCUGAUGCAUAUGGAUGCAAAAUCGAGGUGAAUUCUGCUACAGCUCUUGCCAAAGCAUGGUACAACAAACAAAAGCGCCAGACCAUUUACAGCUGCACCCCUGACAGCAGUUCAACCCAAUACGAGGUCUACGUAUUGACUGUAUACGAAGUUAUUAACAGACGUCCACCAACAGCCGGAAACGCUAUUGUAAAUAUCGUCAGCAGCGGAAAGUCAAGCAGGCCGAUAGUUCUCGUCCUUGGUAGCUACGAACCUGUAAAUUGGAUUCUCAAGUUACCCGCUGGUACUUCCAUCAGUAAAGUUAUUUUGGUAAGUGCACUUUCGUAAUAGGAACUGAUAUUAGCGAAAUUAUUCUACUGCUUAGAGUAUGAGUAUGUUGUGUUAAAAUAAACCUUUCAUACUGCAGGUGAGUGCGUGUAUGACCGAGGUAUUUUAACACUACAUAAAUCUAGGUUCAAAAUGUUUGGGGGUGUUAGAAUAGCAGUUGAAAAUCGAUAAUCAUAAUCAUAGCUCUCAGAUGUCUGAUUAGAAGCUUAUGUUUUACGUAAUUGUUUUGUUUGGAUCACCCAAAUAGAUUAAAAUUAUAACUGAAUUAUUUGUCAUACCAAGAGCCAUGGCUCUUGGUGAGGUCAUACCUAUUUAACAAAUCUUUCAAGGCAGUUUGCUUGCCAAAGCAGGUAACAAUGUUGGGCAAACUUGUACUUUUGACCAAACUUUGGUAAUAACUAAGAAAUCCGCGCAGACAUGUAAUAUCCUCUAUUUAUAUCCUUUAUGAAAAGAAACAACGUGUAAUAUUUUGAUGACCAUUUGUGUUUUAUUGGUAGGUUGCUUAUUAUGUGGAUAAAAGUUCCGUUAGUGGAGACUUAAACCAAGUGAAGGCAAUUGAACGAAAGGGUUGGCGUAAUUCAGAGUGGAGAGUGGGGUGGGGCAGUGACUCGGGAGGAGGUGAUACAGUGGCGCUAUUGAAGUGAGUAACCUUACAGCAAAGUAAAACAUAUUCAGGGUGAUCCGCACAAUUUUUCCAUGGCUUAGUGACUUAUCAGUUAGCGUUUCACUUGCUUUUCAACAACUGAGUUAUUGUAGCAACCUUGCCACAGGCAAAAUCAAUGUAAUGGAAAACUGUUAUGUUUGGGAGUAUGGAGCGAGAGAGACCUUGGACAAACCGUAAUACAAUCAAAGAGAAAAUUAAACAAUGCAUAAAAGGACGGACCUUUAGUAAAGUUAUUGGAUGGGGGGAUGGGGAAGGCGAUGAAAAAAAAAAAUUAUACGCAAGAAAAAAAUUGUAGAAGAAAUAAAGGGAAUGUUAAAGAAAGAAAGAAAGAAAGAAAAAAACAUGCAGGUUGAAAAUUCCCCACCCCUGCCAUAACUUUUCUAAUGCGACACUCCUAAAAACAUCUGCCUCUGACGAUGGAUAAUUUCGUUGGUAUUCUUAAACAUGUAAACAACUUCAAUCCUGCACUAAAGUCCUUGGGACAGCGACGCAAUAUUUGUAAUUAUCUGUAAAUUUCUGGGUGCUCUCAUAAAGCUGCACUACCUUCAGGAAAAUACAUUGACGUUCUCCCUUUCCCCACCCUAUACAAUGUUCAAGACUAGAAAAUUCUGGAUAUAAGCGUCCAACGUUAUAUGAGGGAUAGGAGAGAGGGUUGGGCAUGUGUGAUUUAUAAAGGGUCUCAUAAAUGCUAAUUUGUCCCAAGACUUUUGUCCAUGAUUGUAGUUUUUAAAGUUUACAAGGUUUUUUUCAACAUUAAAAAGCGAAAAUGUACACACACUGCUCUAGCUAUCCGCAAUAAACAGGAUUAAUUUUGGAAGGGAUUUUUGAUACAAUUUUAAUGAAACACUUUGAUAUAAGAAUUGUGUCAUAGCUGUAUCCCCGAUAUUGUCGGUUUUACUUGGAGUAUUCAUAUAACUAAAGUUCCCUUUUUUGUAGAGAAGUUCACAAGAGAUUUGGCGUGGUGACAUCAUUUACGAGCACCUACAGAGCAGAUGAAUGGUCACUGGAGUUGUCUUCCUCGCACGGUAACCAACCAGUACCUUAUUCAAAACCGUGUUUAAAAUGUGAGGGAGACCUCUUGUGUGUUUCGGGAAUGUAAUGAGCAUACACUUCGGACAGCGUUUAAGGAACAAUUAUUUGUACCUUGAUUAAACGCAAAUUGAAUUGCUACAAUAGUUUACUAUAACGGUGCAGUCAAGGUUUAUUGAAGUCAGUCUGUUUAAGAUUUCUCCUUCUAUUACAUUGCUGUCAUGACUUACCUAUACAGUUACAAUAAAUAUUAAAAGAUUUGGAAAGGAGUAAAAACUGUCGAAAAACUAUGGAAAAGAGAUGUACUCAAGUAGAACUGUAAGGUGAGGGCUAGAAAAUCUAGAUCUAUUACAGGCCGUGACAUUCCCAAAGUUCAAUGUCAAUUAAGUUAUAUGCAUUCUUAGAAGAAGACUUGCAUUUGGACGAAACUUUAAUCAUAUUUAUUUUUUAUCAUAAUCGGUCUGGUUCAAACAUAUACAUCGUGAAAAGGGUAUUUUUUUGAAUUUGGAUGAGCCAUUAUACUCUGCUCUUGUCAACCGCAAAAUAUCAGUGACUGUCUUAUCGGAGUUCAUUUGGAUUAUACCGUUUUCCUAGUUAACUUGAUUAAUCUAAUUGCCAAGAAAUUUAAAAGCAUCAUUUUUGGGAAGUUGUUUGUGUACUAUAGCAGUCUAUCGGUUACACUAUAAUUUCCAUUAUUUUUUUUUCUAACUAUUUUAAAUUUUACCAGACCAUUUUUCGCAUUUCUCUUGAGCAGGUUCAGGGUAUGGAAACCUCCGUAGCAGCUCUGUUGCUGCCAUCACGCAAACUCCAACAGCUGCCGGUACACCAACUCCCAGCUCUGCUGCCACCAUCACACCAACUCCAACAGCUGCCGGGACACCAGCUUCCACACCUGUACCUACAUACAGCACCUCACCAUCACCUACACCCAUUCCACACAGGCAAAAGUGUUAUAAAUGGCAGAACUCAUAUUAUUGUAGUGGCCAAUAUACCAGAAUGAAGGCUGUUUGCAAAGACGGAUAUUGCGUCUGCACUGGUCAAGGCUACAACUAUGACACUUGCCUGCGUAAGUUGUUUUCUUAUGAUUUCCACAGAUCAGGUACAAUAAGCUGACGCUCAGUGGUCGACAGAAGACGUACAAAGGUGCCAAGACAAAGAUAUAACCGCAUUCCAUAGCCCGAUUUAGCCUUUUAUUAUGUUGACUCAAAAUAACGUUUCUAGAAAACAGAGCCUAUAUUUUUGAAGGAGGUUUCAUACUGUGAUGUUUAGGAGUUCCCUGAUCUUUUUGUAAGAGUAUGAGGUCGCAUUAUCGCCUGAAUAAAACAUAAACACUGUUGGAAAAAGCGCCUUAAGAUUGGGGAACUUAUCAAGUUGAAAGGUAAUAUCUUAAAAACAAGCAAAGAUAUUGCUCCUCAGAGUCGCGAAAUUUUACAAAGUUUGUAAGGUUUGCUCGAACUUGCCCUCAACAUCCAAACGUCUGUAAAAUUCGGCGGCUUUGCGUGGCAAUAUCCUCGUUAAUGUUCAAGAAAUCACGUUCAAAAUUGGCAUCUUCACUAUUUUUAAGGCGUUCUUGUUAGCCGUGUUUACAGAUUUUCGCUGACUGGUCCAAGUUAAAAGUUGGAAAAACCGUGGAAGGGUUCAGUUAUUAAAAGAAGAAGAAUUGGUUAGUCAACACAGUACCACCAGUGAUGCGGCAAUCCCAAACAUCAACUCCAUCUCUGCAUCUCUGAUUGUGGUUUUUUUCUUCUCUUUAUCCUGAUUAUUACUCUGGUAACCUUUUCAUUUCUUCAGCUGAUGCAUAUGGAUGUAAAAUUGAAGUGAAUUCUGCUACAGCUCUUGCCAAACCAAGGUAUAACAACCAAAGGCGCCCGACCACCUACAGCUGUACCCCUGGCAGCAGUUCCACACAGUAUCAGGUCCACAUAUUGACCGUGUACGAGGCUGAGGCUCUCCACAGGCGUCCUCCAGUAGGUGAAAAUGCUAAUGUGAAUAUUGUCUGUCGGGGAAAGCCAAAUACACCUAUUGUACUCGUACUUGGUAGCUACGAACCUGUAAAUUGGAUUCUCAAGUUACCCGCUGGUAUUUCCAUCAGUAAAGUUAUUUUGGUAAGUACACUUUCGUAAUAGGAACUGAUAUUAGCGAAAUUAUUGUGUUAACAGAAACCUUUUAUAUUGGAGGUAAGUGUGGUAUGGCUGAGGUACAGUCAAACAAAAGUGUUUGUACGAACGGGGUGUCCGUAUUAAGCGGGUCAUGUUAUUAAAGUCAAAAAACCCCUUUCACUAAAACAAAAUACCAAAGAAAUAGCAGAGGACAUAGGCAUCGUCAAAUUCAACUUCUCUGACCUUUACAAAGCCGUCAUUACCUGGCUUAAGUCCACGGAAACACUUAAAAAUCGCUCAUUUACAAAUCAUCCUAUCCAGUGUAUAGUAGCCCCGGGAACACCUAAAAAGGUUAAAUUUGUCAGUUUACCUUUGAGAUGUAAAAUCUUAUGUCUUGAUCAAUUUUUUUGGUUGGGAUCACCGGCAAAUAUGUCACAAGAAGUUAAAAUUAUUUGUCAUACCUAUUCAACAAAACUUUUAAGGCAGUUUGAUUGCCAUAGCAGGCAUCAAUGUUGGGAAAACUUUCACCAAAGUUGAGUAAUAACUAAGAAAUAAUCCUAUUUAUGUCCUUUACGAAAAGAAACAACGUGUGAUAUGUUGAUGGUGAUUUGUGUUUUAUUUGUAGGUUGCUUAUUAUUUGGAUCAAAGUUCCGUUAGUGGAGACUUAAACCAAGUGAAGGCAAUUGAACGAAAGCCUUGGGGCAAUUUAGGGUGGAAAGUAGGAUGGGGCAGUGACUCGGGAGGGGGUGAUACAGUGGCGCUAUUGAAGUGAGUAACCUUACAGUAAAAGAAAACAUAUUCAGGGUGAUCUCCACAAUUUUUGCCAUGUCUUAGUGACUUAUCAGUUAGCCUUUCACGUGCUUUCGACCCCCUCCCCCUUUUUCAACAGUGUUUUAGUAGUAACCUUGCCACAGGCCAAAUGGAAAAGUGCUAUGUUUGGGAGUAUGGAGAGAGAGAGAGAGACCUGGGACAAAACAUAACACAAUCAAAGGGAAAAUUAAACAAUUUCUAAAGGGACGGAUCAUUAGUAAAGUCAUUGGGGGGGGGGAGGGGUGGGGCGUUCGAUGAAAAAAAAGAUCUUUACGCAAGAAAAAAUUGCCGACGAAAUGAAGGGAAUAUUAACGCAAAAAAAACAACAACAACAACGUGCAGGUUGAAAACUCCACACCCCCGCCAAAACUUUUCUAAUACGUCACCCCUGAAAAUAUCUGCCUCUGGCGAUGGAUAAUUUCGUUGGGAUUCUUAAACAAAUAAACAACUUCAAUCGGCUGCACAAGAGUUCUUGGGAAAGUGAAGCAAUAUUUGUAAUUAUCUGUAAUUUCUGGGUGCUCUCAUAAAACUGUACUACCUUCAGGAAAAUACAUUGACGUUCUCCCUUUCCCCACCCUAUACAAUGUUCAAGACCGGAAAUUCUGGAUAUACGCGUUUAACGUCGUAUGUGGGGUAGAAGGGAGGGUUGGGGAUUUGUGAUUUAUAACUGAGUCUCAUGAACGCUAGUUUGUCCCCAGCCUCGUUCCCAACCUCGUUCCCAGGGUAGGAGAGAACCCUGGGAACGAGGUUGGUUUGUCCCAAGACUUUUCUCCAUGAUUGUAGUUUAAGGUUUACAAGUUUUCAUUUCAACAUUAAAAAGCGAAAAUGUACACACUGCUCUAGCUAUCCGCAAUAAAGAGGGUUAAUUUUGGAAUGUAUUUUUGAUACAAUUUUAUUGAAACACUUUGAUACAAGAAUUGUGUCAUAGCUAUAUGCCUGGUAUUGUCGGUUUUGCAUGGACUAUUCAUAUAACUAAAGUUCCCUUUUUUCUAGACAAGUUCACAAGAGAUAUGGCGUGGUGACAUCAUUUACGAGCACUUACAGAGCAGAUGAAUGGUCACUGGAGUUGUCUUCGUUACACGGUAACUAAGAAGUACUUUAUUCAGAACCGAGUUUAAAAUGAAAUACCCUGCGAACGGAGGCUACAUUUUCUCUGUGUGAGCUGGCGUGCGAAAAGUAGCCUCUGCCGACAAUUAAUUUUGCUUACGAAUCGCGUGACGAAUUUCGCGCAUGCACGAGGCUACUUUUCGCACGUCAGCUCACACAGCGAAUGUAGCCUCUGCUCGCAGGGUAAAAAUGAAAGAGACCUCUUGUGUGUUUCGAGGACAAAAUGAGCGUACACUUCGGAUAGCGUUUAAGCCAUAAAUUGAAUUGCUACAAUACUUUACUAUAAUGGCGUUGUCAAGGUUUAUUGGAAGUCAUUUUGUUUAAGAAUUCUUCUUCCAUUGCUAUCAUAACUUACUUAUACAGUUACUAUAAGUAUUGAAAGAAAACGUAAAACAGCUUUGGAAAACGAAAAACUGUAGAAAAGGGAUGUACUCAAGUAGAACUGUAAGGAGAGGGACAGAAAAGCUAUUACAGCUAACCGUAUGUGCCAUUCCCAAAGUCAAUGUCAAUCAAGUUAUUUGGACGAAAAUUUAUCCUAUUUAUUGCUGAUUUAUCAUAAUCGAUCUGGCUCAAAUAUACACAUCGUGGAAAGGGUAUUAUUUCAGUUUGGCUCAGCUAUUAAACUCUGCUCUUGUCAACCGCAAAAAAUCACUGUUUUUCUUUUUUUUAUCGGCGUUCAGUUGGAUUAUAGUAUUUGGCUGGUUAACUUGAUUCAUCUAAUUGCCAAGAAAUUUCAAAGCAUCAUUUUUGGAAAAUUGUUUGUGUACCAUAGGUUACACUAUAAUUUCGAUCAAUUUUUUUAUUUUACUAGACCAUUUUUCGCAUUUCUCUUGAGCAGGUUCAGGGUAUGGAAACCUCAGUAGCAGCUCUGUUGCCGCCAUCACACAAACUCCAACAGGUGCCGGUACACCAGCUCCCAGCUCUGCUGUCACCCCCACAUCAACUCUAACAGCUGCCGGGACGCCAGCUUUCACACCUGUACCUACAUACAACACCUCACCAUCACCUACACCCAAUCCACACAGGCAAAAGUGUUAUAAAUGGCAGAACUCAUUCUAUUGUACUGGCCAAUAUUCCAAAAUGAAGGCUGUCUGCAAAGACGGAUAUUGCGUCUGCACUGGUCAAGGCUACAAUUAUGACACUUGCUUGCGUAAGUUGUCUCGUUAUGUUAACGAAAGCGAAAACCUCAGAUAUCGGGUACAUGUGUGAGUAAAAAUUGCCUUGCUAAGUUAAUAGGUGUUAUAAGAAUGGCUCCUGUUUGAUUAACACAGAGGAUUUGCACUUAUCUAUGACUACUUUUAAGCAUAUUGUUUAUAUAGAGGGGUGUAUUGCUUGGAAGCUAAGAGGGUUCUCAAUAGUGUUGGUUAGGACUUGCUCUUCCUAGAUGUUUCCUAAAGACACACACACUUUAUAUAGGCAAACUGCAAUUGACUGAAUAAAUCACGCGCUGUCUGCACAACCCCCAAAACCAUCUCCAUCUCUGCCACUCUGAGUUAUUUUUUCAUUUCUUCAGCUGAUGGAUAUGGAUGUAGAAUUGAGGUAAAUUCUGCUACAGCUCUUGCCAAAGCACGGUAUAACAACCAACAGAGGCCGACCACCUACAGCUGCACCCCGGGCAGCAGUUCCACCCAAUACGAGGUCCACAUAUUGUCUGUGUACGAAGCUGAGGCUCUCCACCGACGUCCUCCAGUAGGUGAAAAUGCUGAUGUGAAUAUCGUCAGUCGGGGAAAGCCAAACAGACCUAUUGUACUCGUACUUGCAAGCUACGAACCUGUUAACUGGAUUCUCAAUUUACCCUCUGGUAUUUCCAUCAGUAAAGUUAUAUUGGUAAGUACAUUCGCACACCAUGAACGUAAAAAAGAAAAAAUCAUUCCACUCAGAGCUAGACUAGUCGUUAUUAUACUUUCAAAAUAAAACCAUGAAAUAAUCAUCUUGUCUUUCAAACAAGAAAAGAAAUGUUGGUGAGGGAGAGUUGUGUUUUAUUUGUAGGUUUCUUAUUAUUUGGAUGAAAGUUCUGUUAGUGGAGAUGUGAAGCAAGUGCAAGCAAUUGAACGAAAGAGAUACCGCAAUUCAGAGUGGCCAACGGGCUACGGCAGUGAUUCGGGGGGAGGAAAUACAGUUGGGCUUCUAAAGUAAGUCACUUACUGAACAGCAAAGUUACUUAAGGUUAUUCCACAUUUCUUAUAGAAAAAUAUCCAUGCAUCCUCAAAUCUGUUCAGAUCUUGAUAAUUUUGAUAUAAGACAGUUUUAUAUUGUUGUUUAAGAUACCAACUUACAUUUUGCCUUUUAUCAUAGAAAAGUGUACAACAGAUUUGGUGUGGUGACGUCAUUUACAGGUACUUACAGAGCGAAUGAAUGGUCACUGGUGAUACGCUCCUCAAACGGUACGUUUACGUAACGUUUUACCAUCUUACCAACCGACAUAACAGUAAUGUUUUUUGCCAAAGAGGCAACUGAGCUAAGAAGCGAGGUUGACUCGGAGGCAGAAUUAUAACGCCGCGCAAUGUAGGCAAAAACUCUCAAAUUCUGCGUAACCCUCUAAAAUUUGCAUUUUUGACCAUAUUUGGGUGUAAGUAAGACCCCAUAUUUGGGUAGUGACGUCAUGGUGUUGUAUUUAAAACUCGUGGUUCAAGGUUGGGUGAUUCAGUGGGCAGCUGUUCGUUGUCUGUUCAAGAGGACCUAACUGGUGAGCAAGUUUUAAUACGAUUUCUAGUUUGAAAGGGCAAUUAGUACUCUGGUUUGCUUUAUGAAUUGUGUUUAAAGCAGCAGCUGAUCAAGGAACAGGGUUUUACGCUCAAACUUUUGUCAGAACUAGCUUGUUCUUUGCAGCUCGAUUUAUAUUGAGGUAGCAUGUUCGCUUCUCGACUCAGAACCAGGGUUUUCAGUGUUCUCUUUUCCUUUGUGAACUGAAUUUUAAGCGGUAGUUGAUCAAGGCAUAGGGUUAUAUUCUCGAAACUUAUAUCAGAACCAGCGUGUUCUUCGCGGGUCGAUUUACAUUGAGCCAUUCCUCACCUCCCGCGAGGAAUGCAACGUAUUUGCGGACCUUUUUUUUAAAAUUUAUUUAUGUUUUUCGAGAGAUUUUGUCAACCAGCAUGUUUUUUUGCUGCUCGAUUUACAUUGAGACAGCCCAAAACUCCCGUGAGGAAUGCAACGAAUUUGCGGACCUUUUGUUUUUCAGACUAUCAUUAUGCCGUCAAGAGACUCUUUGUCCUGUGACACUCGCUCAUUAGAUCUUUGUAUUUUAUUCAAGUUUAUAUUUUUAUACCUCUAAUACAUUUCGCCCCAUUCUUGGGCCCUUUUCACACAUUUUAGUUUACACCAACUUUUUUCUUAUGUAUAUUACCACGCAAAAUACUUUUCUUAUCCCUGAUGACGCUGUUGCUCGGAAUUUAAUUAUUAUUUUUAAUUUCAGCAGUCAAAGGCCUCAUUUGAACUAUAUUUUUCUUUCUAACGUUUAUAGCUUUGAUACAAUGGAAUUUUCCAUGAAACAUAAGUGCUAACUUGCUCAUAUUUACCAACAAAGCUUUAAGCCAUGUUGUUAUUGUUUAAUAAAAGUGAAAGCCUAGAAUGUGCCAAAGUUGUUGUUUUGAAGUCGGGUGCCAUCCUUUUCUAUAGCGGAAUCCAUUUUAAACCUCUAAAAUUAUGAAAGAAGAUCUGAAUAGGCACAUUCCACAAAAGAUAAGCGAAUUCUCCUCGUUGGCACUUGCCGGAAGGUACCCCUAGUCAUAGCUACUUGAACCUACUUGCGGUCUGUUUAGAUAGUACUAUUUUCCUGGUUAAAUUGAUUAGUAAGUGUGGUUGUAAAGAAAAUUACAAGUAUCAUGUUUGAAAGUCUUCUUGUCCAGGUUAACAUCAUACUUUCUAUCAAUUUUAGAUUUUACCAGACUAUUUUUCGCAUUUCUCUUGAGCAGGUUCAGGUUAUGGAAACCUCAGUACCAGCUCAGUUGUUGCCGCCAUCACACAAACUCCAACAGCUGCCGGUACACCAACUCCCAGCUCUGCUGCCACCAUCACACCAACUCCAACAGCUGCCGGGACUCCAGCUUUCACACCUGUACCUACAUACAGCACCUCACCAUCACCUACACCCAAUCCACACAGGCAAAAGUGUUAUAAAUGGCAGAACUCAUUCUAUUGUACUGGCCAAUAUUCCCAAAUGAAGGCUGUCUGCAAAGACGGUUAUUGCGUCUGCACUGGUCAAGGCUACAACUAUGACACUUGCUUGCGUAAGUUGUCUCGUUAUGAUAACGAAAAGCUAAAACCUCAGAUAUCGGGUACAUGUGUCAGUAAAAAUUGUAUUAAUAAGUUUAGGUGUGUUAUAAGAAUUCUCUAUUUUCCAAUUCCCCAUAAUACACUCUGUUUGCCCCCCAAAUUUUGCAUAAACCAUUGUUUUUAAAUGCUCCUGGGAGUAUUGCAUUUUCCCAAGAGCAUUUUAGACAAUAAGUUAUGCAACAUUUGGGGGGCAGACAGAGUGUAUUAUGGGGAAUUGGAAAAUAGUCAAUGGCUCCUGUUUGAUUAACGCAGAGGCUUUGCACUUAUCUAUAACUACUAACAAUUAUUCUUUGAAGUCGGGGUGAAUAGUGGCUGUCUGCACAACCCGCAAAACGAUCACCAUCUCUGACACUCUGAGUUACUAUUUCAUUUCUUCAGCUGAUGUAUAUGGAUGCAAAAUCGAGGUGAAUUCUGCUACGGCCCUUACCAAACCAAGGUAUAACAACCAACACCGCCAGACCACCUACAGCUGCACUCCUGACAGCAGUUCUACGCAGUACGAGGUCCACGUACUGUCUGUUUAUGAGGUUAUUAACAGACGUCCACCUACUGCCGGAAACGCUAUUGUGAAUAUCGUCAGCCGCGGAAAGUCAAAGAGACCGAUCGUUCUCGUCCUUGGUAGCUACGAACCGGUUAACUGGAUUCUCAAUUUACCCGCGGGCAUUUCCAUUAGUAACGUAGUACUGGUAAGUACUCUUUCACGAAAGUAACUAGUACCGUCUAAAAUUACUGAUGUUGUCUUAAUAAAUAAACUCGAACUCGAGCCUGAACUUGGUAAAUACCUCUAAUACCGAGGUAUUUAAAUUCUGAACAACUUUGGCUCGUCCAUGAUACACCGCAGAACAGUUUAAAUUUGUUUUCGCUAUAAGAUACAAAACUGAAUUUAACUUUUGAUGGGUUUUUGCAUGGAUCACAAACAUUUCACAAGCAAUCUAAACUUUUUGUCCGGCUCCCCCUAGCCAUGUCUUGCAGCACACAUGCCAAAUUUGGAGAAUCGCAAAAAAGCUAAGAAAAGACCUUGUUUAUAUCCUUCAAGAAAACUGAAAAUUAAAAGUUGGCGAAGAUUUGUGUUUUAUUUGUAGGUUGCUUAUUAUUUGGAUCAAAGUUCCGUUAGUGGAGACGUGAACCAAGUGGAGGCAAUUGAACGAAAGGGUUUGCGUAAUUCAGAGUGGAAAGUGGGAUGGGGCAGUGAUUCGGGUGGAGGAGAUACAGUGGCGCUAUUGAAGUGAGUAACCUAACUGUCAGCCUUAGAAAACAGCCGACAUUUGGCGACGCUACCACUGGUUUCCCCGCCAAAUGACGUCUAGGAAACUAGUGCAGAAAUUCCAUGCUGGUGACGCGUCACUACCCAGAUAUGGGUAGUGCUUCUGAUUGGUCGUGCAGCGUGGAAAAUUUGAUUCAACCAAUCAGAAGCACUACUUAGAUCUGGAUAGUGACGCGUCAUCAGUAUGGAAUUUCUGCGCUCGUUUCUUAGACGUGAUUUGGCGGGAAACCAGUGGUAGCGUCGCCAAAUGUCGGCUGUUUUCUCAAGCUACCUAAGUGUGAAGGUGUACAAGUUUAGAAUUUUUAUCAUUUAAGUAGAAAAUUAAGAUGGCUUGUAACAAUCAAACCUGACGGUAUUCACAAUUUUUCCAUGCCACCAGUUUAACAAAUUGACGCCAGUUUUUUGUCGGCUGUCCCCUUACUGAUGAUAAAAUGAAGUCAUGACAUUGUCAAAGUGUUGUGGAACUACGAGCCGUAGGCGAUAAAAAACUGGCGUCAAUUUUUUUUUUCACAAAUAAAUGCUCGAAAAAGUCAAUAUUGCCUGUAAAAAUAAACAAAACACAAACAAAAGAGAACAAAAAGAGAGAGAAAAAAAAAUCGUUAAUGAGAAAAUUGGCUGCAGUGUUAAAACAUCUGCAUUCGAUGAUGGAUUCUUUUUUCUUCUGAAACAAGUAAACAACGUUUAUUGGUUAGAAAGCAAUGUUGAUACAAAUUUAUUGAAGUUACUUUUGCAUAAGUAUUAGUAGUAUUACGCUAUAGCUGUAUCUAUAGUCUUGUCGGUUUUGGACGAUUCAUGUAGCAACCAAAAUUUCCUUUUUCGUAGGCAGGUUUACAACAGGUUUGGCGUGGUGACAUCAUUUACGAGCACUUACAGAGCAAAUAAAUGGUCAUUAGAGUUGUCUUCCUCACACGGUAACGAAACAGUACUUCAUUUAGAACCGAGUUGA